AUUUGUCAUCAAAUGAACACUUGUGAAAAAUCCAUCUAUACAGAUGCAUACUACCCUUUCUCCAAGGGUGCCAUCUACCUUCUCGACAUCUUUACCAGAAUAUAUGAAGUCGUAAACAUAUCCGGUUUUGGAAUCGCAUCUUUGCCGCAGCUUGUUUCCCCUUUUUAUCGGAUUCAUGGGAAGAUACUGUUUUAGACUAGAUCGUCCUUUGAAUUUAGUCAUCGUUUCAUCAUGCGAACAUUCAAUUCUGGCUUUCUGGAACCUCUUCUUCAAACAUUCAACUAAUUCAUCCAAGUAAUAAGUUUUGGAUGAUGAUUCAGGCUUAUUCGGUUUAUUAUACUACAUUUU